AUGUCGGAGGAAUUGCUCCGUAAAUUUCUCGAUGACAUCGAAGAGGAAGAUGGUCUUAUCAAGAAGGCAAAGCAAAAAACGGUCAAAGCAGGAGUUGCGCGUGAUGAGCAUAUAAAGCGAAUUCUGGUUGAAUUGCCGCCUGAGGAAAGUUAUAUUGUUGAACGGCGAAAACGACAUGAGAGCUUCGAAUUCGAUGAUAGAUUAGCGCAGCAGGGAUUCUCUCUUAUUGAACAAGCACGUGCGCAACGGCCGGCAGAUUUAUUGCAACGAAAUCUGAAAUACAUGAAAUAUACGGAUAAAAAGAGGAAACUCGACAAAAAUAAAGCUAAGAAGAUAGUUCUGGAGCAUAUGAGGAAGAAAACCUCAAAGAGACCGAAGAACGAAAAGAAGAAAGACGAAAGCGUAUUCAGUGAUGCUGAUUUUGCUGUUGUUGGAAAGAAGAAGAAGAAGUUGGAAAAGAUCCCUGUCGAGUAUUUGUAA